AAACACACAUUAUUGAGUGACAGCCCACAAAUGCACACUCUUUCUCUCUCCAAAAAGAGAAAGCUUUCUCUAAAAAAGGAGAGCCCAUUUUAGAGAGAGAAAGUGUUAUGCAAAUGCUCUCUAAGGCUUCAUCUGCAAUGGCCUCCUUUCCUUGUUCCAGGGUGAGGAGUGGGCUUUGUGUGUGGCCAGGAAUGAGGCAACUCUGCAUUAGAAAGGGUCUCGUGUAUGGCUUUAUGCGCUUAUUAUCGACACCCUUCAAAACCUUGCGUGGAGCUAGUCGAUCUCUUAGGGUUGCAGAGUUUUGCAGUGUUUCCAACAUGUCUUCCUCAUUACAGAUUGAAUUGGUACCAUGUCUCAGUGACAACUAUGCAUAUCUUUUACAUGAUGUGGACACAGGCACAGUUGGAGUUGUUGAUCCCUCAGAAGCUGUGCCUAUUGUUGAUGCUUUAAGUAGGAAAAACCGGAAUUUGAAUUAUAUAUUGAAUACCCACCACCAUCAUGAUCACACUGGUGGGAAUGCGGAGUUAAAAGCAAGGUUUGGCGCUAAGGUGAUUGGUUCAGGAAUAGACAAGGAUAGGAUACCUGGAAUUGAUAUAGCGCUAAAUGAUGGGGACAAGUGGAUGUUUGCUGGUCAUGAGGUGCAUGUCAUCAAAACUCCUGGUCAUACCCGAGGCCAUAUUAGCUUCUAUUUCCCUGGUUCUGGAGCCAUAUUUACUGGAGAUACUUUGUUCAGCUUAUCAUGCGGCAAGCUUUUUGAAGGAACCCCUGAGCAGAUGCUUUCAUCCCUUCAGAGGAUCAUGUCUCUGCCUGAUGAUACAAAUAUAUAUUGCGGUCAUGAAUAUACUUUGAGUAAUUCAAAAUUUGCAUUAUCUAUAGAACCCAAGAAUGAGGUGCUCCAGGCUUAUGCAGCCCACGUAGCCCACCAGCGCAACAAGGGAUUGCCUACGAUUCCAACUACACUAAAGAUGGAGAAGGCAUGCAAUCCAUUCCUUCGCACAUCUAGUGCUGAGAUCAGGCAGGCAUUAGGUAUUCCAGACACCGCGAGUGAGGCAGAGGCCUUGGGUGUUAUCCGGCGAGGAAAAGAUAAUUUCUAGGAUUAGUUAAUACUCAGAUUCCUGUUUGUGUAUAGGUGAUUUUAGCUCUUCCAUAUGUGAAAUAAACACCACCAGUGUUUUACCAUGUCUAUAUAUUCUUUUGAAUAUGUCAAAGUUCUUACCAAAUUUGAGUAUAUUUCAAAGCUAAUUUGAACAAAUUAUUUGCUUAUCUACUAGACAACUUUUUUCA